CUGUAUAUAUAUAGAAGGGGGGGGGGAGAGAGAAAGAGAAAGAAAGAGAGAGAUAGAUGUGAAGAAGAAAGAGAAUUGUGAGAAGUGGAAAGGAAGAUGAUGAUGAUGAUGGAGGAGGAGGGUUCAGAUUCAGCUGAUCAACCACAACACUACUCCAAAUUCACCAAAUCUCUCCAAGAACUGAAAGAUUUGUGUUCACAGCUUCAUGCAGCAGCAGAAUACUGUGAAUCCACUUUUUUGAAAGCCAAUCACAAGCAUUUAGUUGUGGAGAACACUAAGAAGUAUGUGUGCAGUGCGGUCGUUGCAGUGGUGGAUCAUCUUGGCAGUGUUUCAGCAAAUCUUGAUUAUCAUAUUUCGGAAAUCGACACAACCGUACAAACCGCAGUCAGAAUUGAUUUCUUGAAACAGAAACUUUUUACAUGCCAAGAAUAUUCCGACAGACUUGCUCUGGCUAAACUGAACUGGAGGGUAGAUACACCGCGAUAUAAUUCCCGUUAUUUAAAACCAUCUGUUCCAGACGUUUUGAGUCGAAAUAUCAGUUUAAGGGAUUCAGGGGGCGAUAUUAUUGCAAACACAUAUAACAUUAAGCAAGGAUUCAAAUUAGACGAAGAAAUUCCGCUACUGUUUUACACUUGUAUUUACAAAUCAUCACCAUCUCGAUUUGGGAGAUCAGUAUCCGAAAAGGAUGAAGAAACGUCUGAUUCAUCGUCAUUUUCAGGUAGCAAUCUAAAAAUGCGAAUGCAUAUAGAUUUUGUGGUACUGUUUAAUUUGUUUAUUGUGUUAUUACAGGUUUGCCGAUCAGUGGUCGCUUAUCUGUCUCAACAAAACCUCAAGCCUUGUCAGUUCAGUUACAGGACAAGCAUAAGCAUAAACGUGGUACGUUGUUUAGGAAAUCGAUGACGAGUGGCGAGAUCUUAUCAUUCAUUCGCAGAAGAAAGUGAUUCUGAUACCAGACGUUAGUUAUGCAAGAUUCAGUAUCAGUAUGAUGACUAACAAACGUAUCAGUAUUUGAAAUGUCUUAACCUCAUAUGAUACAGUAUAUUUACAGGUUUCAAACUGUUAUUAAAUUAUGAAAGUGAUAAGAUAAUUCAAUGUUUAUUGUUCAGUAUUAUCCAACAACAUUUUGUUUAUAUAAUUUACAAGGGUAAAAUGGUAAUUUUAUUAUUAU